AUGGAGACGGUUUUUUCGGUGCCCACCUCUAUUUCCGUCACUGAAAGUGGCGUUACAAAUACCGUCCACAUUGAUGUCAGUAUUGGGUCUGUUCAGCCGGGUUCUUCAAAAUAUUCACACCCAACAUCUUUGGGGAUUACUUGUUCAGAGCAUGCUUCCAAUGUCUUGGACGACCUCACACCGUCCCUCUCUUUGACCACAAUAGCGCCUGGGAAUUCUUCAAAUCGUUUGUUGCCGUUCACAGACGAUCUUGGUUUAUGCAUUAAACACUCUCCUGAUGUAUCACCCUUAGUCGAUGAUGAUGAAGAUGUACGUUCACUCCUAGCAGCAGCAGCCGCUGUUGCGGCUGCCGACUCCAGGGUUCAUCAAGGUUCACCGUCAGUUCGUUCUUCUUCUGGACUUAACACUCCACCUGAUUCAAGAAGCAGUCGACUUAUGGACACAAUCACUUGCAGACCAAUGUCAGUUGGUGUUUGCGAUCAAACUCAGGUCAUUCACUCAAUAGAUAGUGUUCCUAUGUUAGUUUCGAAUCAUAGUUUGUCAAGAACGCCCUAUGCACAUAGCGAUGACCCUCUUUCAAUCCUAAUCCCAACACACACAACACAAUCUGUGUCUUCUAAUUAUUUGUUAUCCUCCAGUGUUUCUACUCCAUGCAGCUCUCCUCUAACAUUCCGAUCUCAUUCCCCUAUUCGGACACAUUUAGAUGGUAGACAUACGUCCGAUAUGCUUCACCAUAGCUUAUCCUGCGAAUCUCAUUCUAUCGAGAAUGAACGUACAAAUUCUUCUCUUUCAUCAGUUUCUCACUUUCCCCCACCAAAUACGCCGCCUGUGCAUAUGGACAGUUAUAUAACUCGUCAAAAUCAUGACGAUCAGGUUUUUAAUUCAAAUCUUUUACUUCUAAAGGAUACAGUUCAUACUUCAUGUGUGUCACUAAGCUCUCCUAAAAUAAUUUCAGAAUGCAACUCAUCUAUCCAUACUACCAUAUCCUCGUGUUUACCAAUCGGUGAACAUACCGCAACAACCGUUCUUAGCCCUGUUGUUGUAUCAAAGGAGUAUACUGUCUGCUCAUCAGCGAAUGUAACAGAUGUAUCGGAUAAUCUUACAAAUAACUGGACAAAUACUACUACUUGUGAACCAAAUAUUCAGGCAGCAAAAGAAUGUGCAAUUACGGGUGACAAUUUUGAUUCUGUAUCUAAAGCGACAGACGAAAAUUUAAUGGAUUUAGAGCAAGUUAUUUCAUCACACUCAGCUUCAUUACCAGCUGUUGACGAUGAGUAUUUUUUAAAAACUUCCGACGAUUUUCAUGUCGAUACAGUAGUGAACAAUGACCUUAGAUGUAUUUCUCAGUCAGACAAAAUUCCUUCUUCAACAGAUAGUGGCGAGUUAGUGUCUUCGAAAACAUCUGCCAUGUGUUCUGCCGAACCAGAUUUCCCUGAUGUUUACGUUGAUGUUUCUGACGUUAACGAUAAUACUAAUUCUGUGAUACUACCACACGAGUCAUCAAUUAGUGUCAAAGCAACAACAACUCAGUUCUCUGCAAAUACGAAACUUAUAUCUUCUGUAGUGGCGUCUGGUGAGAGUUCUAUUGACAUCGAGUGUGAAACAGAGAUUCAGAAAGAUGAUUGUUUUAUUCAGUCUGCUGAUGACGAUAAGAAGUUUAAGACAACUACAUCUGUGUCCCCUUUAGUAGAAGACUCCACAUUCAAAGAACCAUGUGAAUCUGAAAGUUCUCCACUUACUAAGGCUUCUAUAAUUUCGGAGUCACCAACAAAAGAUGAUGCUCAGACUAAGAUCAGUAAUGAAGAUCGAAAUUUACUCCUCACACUGGAGCACCAUAAUGAUAGUUUAGAAGAUCCAGUUGAACCCAGUGGGCAUUCUCCUUCUAUUCAUUCACCUCAUAGAGAAGACGAUGAAAAAGUGUAUAACGAUGCUGAUUAUGCGGCUGCUGCAGUUGCUGCUGUUGAUGAUGUGGUGUAUGCACUAGCUGGUAAUCGUAAACCUGAUCCAUCUUUAACUCUUGACCCGGCCUUAGAAGGCACAGGAACAGAUCGUCUGUAUAGUUUAAGCUUAGCUCCAGUUCAUAAUGAAUUCAAUAAUUCACAGAUGAAUAUUUCUAAUUCCGACUUGUGCAACACAAGCUUUGUGAAUACUAACAAAAACUCAGAUCGCGUUCGCUUUCAUCACUCUUUGGUGGCCAACGAAUCUUCAGAUGGUGAAGUUUGUUCAGAGGAUCACUUAUCCAGAAGCUUGUCUAAUGCUUCUCCUAAUAACUGGAAUAAAACGGAUGUGAAGGGUGAAUUCUUAUGCUUGUCGUGCAAUAAAGCGUUUUCACAAAAGGCUUUACUUCUGAAACAUCGAGUUAUGCAUGAAGAACCAAAACAUAUGUGUGACACUUGUGGUCGCAGCUUCGUACGUGAAGACAAGCUUAAACGUCAUGUUAUGUCUAUCCAUACAGCUGAAAAACUCAUGUUUGUCAUAUAUGUAGUAAAGCUUUUUCCGCAAUCACGUAAAUUGAGUGAAUAUAGAGGAUUAUUAUUUAUUAAAUGGGAGAAAUGA